AUGAAAUUCUCUUUGACAAAUUUCAACGAAAAUGAUCUGAAAAAUGACCUUAAAAAUUAGGAGAUUAUUCAGUCUCUGUUCCAGAUAAGAGAAAUAUUCGCUGAAAUUAAAUCCAUACCUUAAGAUGAGAUUGAAAGAUCAGAAAAAAUUGAAGCAAAUGAGUAGAAACUCAAAGAAUUGAUGUAAAACUUGGUUAAAUAGCACUUUACCUCAUUGUAUCGCAUUACAAUCGCCCACGCUAAGGACAUCUUCAAUAAUGCUGUCGAAAUGCUUGAAAAAUCAAUUGAAUCUGGCAAUACUGAUGAGAUUAUUUUGAUAUUAAGUUUUCUGGGAACAUUUUUAGCAAGCAAUUUUAUCACUGACAAACCUGAUAACACAAAUUUGGCAAAUAAUCUGGCUCUAACUCACGAAAGUGUAAAGGUGCAAAUUUUAGCUAUUAAGUUGUCAGUCUUUUUGGGCAACAAAAGAUAACCAGAUAUCCAGGAGAGAUCAAUGAAUCUUGCUUAAGCACCUAAUUUGCUUAGAUCCUCAGAAAAUCAUUAAACUCUCUAUGAUAUAGCCUCUCAAUAAUUAGCAAACAGUUAAACUGAGACGCAUGAUCUAGUAUUUGAAAUCGAAUAAGUUUCUCAAGGCUUGAAUGAAAGGUCUUCUAGCAACAUUGUUGUAAUCAAGAUCCAGGAUUUGCUUGAAUCCAACAAACCCAUAAAAGAAAUCGCUAAAUCCCUUGCCAUUAAGUAUCAGCAAGACAAGGAAAGCUUCAUUCACAAGCUUGAAACCAAAAUUUAAUGGCUAAAAUAUCUUUAUCAAGAGAAAAACCCUAAUGAAGCAGUUAAAAUAAUGCUUGAUGCACUCAAUUAUAGCUAGUAGCACUAAAUAGCAGAAUUAAGAAAUUAAAACUCAAUCAAUCAGUAUCUUUCUGAUAAAUUUGCUAAUGAAGCAAUUCACCUUAUAACUAACAGCUGUGAUGAGGUAAAUUUGAGUCAUUUACUAACCCUAUAUUAGAUGCUAGUAUUGAAAACUUUGACUACUAUCAUACACAUAUUUUUAAAAUCUCAAGGACCUAAUUUUCAAACUGAUCCCUUUGUUAAACCAAUGCCACCUGGACCAGACUAAAUGGAUGAUGAAAAUCCUAAGUCUUUCUUAGCUAAAUUAAUGGAGGAUCUUGCUAGUAUUUAAAUCUAAGAGAGUAGUGAAGGUCUCCCUGUAAAGGUAGCAAAAACUAAGACCAUAAAUUCAUUAAUAAUGGCUUAAGAUAUCAUUUAAUACUACUCAGUAUAUCUUGCCAAUUGUAUACUAAAAACUAUGUAUGCCCAUCACAAUAGACCAGUUUAGUUUUACUAAGAUUUGACCAAUAUGCUGGCUAAGAAUUUGCUUCAAAUAAUCUCAACUACCCCUGAUGAAAGAAUGAUCUACACUUAUAACCUUCUCGUCCAACAAUAAAUAGCAUAAAUACUAAAGAUGAUUCUUAGACCAAGAAUGGAUGAAUAGCAUGAAAUUGUGAGCAAAAUCACAACUAGACUGAUUUUCGAGCUAGACAAUCUUAAUUCAACAUUUUAUAUGCUAAAAUAAGAUGAAAAGACCUAAGAAAUUGAGUAGAAAGAGAGGCAGUUGAUUAUCAAAUCCCUUUUAUUAACACUUUCAGAUUUAACUUCAAGAGAUUAUCAAAAUCUUGAAAUUGGAAGAAGAGUCAGUGAAACAAAGAUUCUUUAAUCUCUUUAGAAAGUAGUAGGAUUCAAUAAUGAUCAAUAAGGUCAUCUGAUUGAUGAUUUCUUUUCAAGAUCCAUAUCAAGCGGUAUCCCAGCUUAAAUUCCAGCUAUGAUAAGAAAUGGCAUUAUUCCUGACCUUAUUAAGUCUCUUGAGUAAAGAAUCCCCUACAGUGCAGAUAUUAUAGACGCGAUAAUUUAUGGAAUCAAUUAGAUAUCAAUCCAUGAAGAAGGCUAAAAGCUGAUUAGUGAAAGUCCAAUCUUUGAUUUGACACUUAAACAUGCAGUUAAUGACAAAUUGGGUAUGCCGUUUGACCAAUAGGUCCUUAGACUGUAUCUUGCUAAUCUAUUUGACAGAACUCCUGCUUUGAAAGAUAUUGCAAGAGAUAAUGUGAAUCACUACCUAUAAAUAAUCAAUCAAUUUGCAAAUGAAAAGGCUAAGAUAUUUAUUCAGAUAUUUAGAAAUUAGGCACUAACUGAUUUAUAGAAAUAUGAAGAAGCCAAAAAAAACUCAAAGAUUGACACAAAGAUAUUAUCAGCACUUACUAUGAUUUACAAUUUAUCUUAUCUUUCAAAUGAAAAUAUGGCUUAGAAUAGACACUCUUAGGAUAUCAUGAAUGAGCAAGUGACUUAUUAGAUCAUCCAGACUUAUUUGAGGAUAAUACAGAUACCUUUAUUGAGCGAAAUGCAAUCUCAUUUUGAAAAAACCAUUAAGACCCUAGUUGAAGUCUAGAUACAUCCAUUAAAUGUGAGAUCGUUCUAGAAUAUAAUUACAGACAAUUUAGUAAGAUUGAAAUCUCUCUUCAAUGGAAAGAUAUAUCACUUGAACAAAUUUGAUUUCAGCGUUGUAGAUCAAUCAGCUUAACUCAAAGACCUUAAUGAAUUUGAAUUAGAUUAGAUAGAUGACUUCUUGACUCUUGGAGAAAAGUAGUUGUUCUAACUGAAUAAAUUCUAGCAUCUGGUCAAGACCACUCAUUUCUUACACACAUCAACAUUUCACCUUAUCAUUUAAAACAAAGAAAUCACCAAGUUCGCAAAGAUGGCUUUCUAUCUAAAGAGAAUCUCUUUGAAGAAUAGAACAGCUACUUUUAUGGAUUAAAUGCAGGAUUUUUAAUAGGGUGUUGAUCUAUCAGAGGAAGAAGAGAAAUAUAAAAAUGAACUGUUAACUCAAUUCAAAGAGGAAACCUAAGCAGGUAAAUUACCCAAUAUCAAUUAAAUGAGAACAUACUUUUCCAGCUUUAUUAAUAGUAAAGUCUUUGCAAAUAGCUUUUUCAAAGUUAACGUAAAGGUUUUGGAUGACUUUUUGAAUAAAUUCUGCUCUUAAGCCUUUGUCCAAAGAUAAAACACGCAAAAAGAAGCUCUUGAGCAGUGCUUACUGUUUAUUGGGAAGUUAGUUUACCUGAACACUUAGCAAGUAAAUGCAAAAGUAUUGAGUAAAAUCAGUGUAGAGCCUACUUUUGAAUUUGCAAGAGACCUGCAUGAUGUAUGUUACUAUCUAGCCGAAAUAUCUUCAAACAUUGAUCAUGGACUGACUGAUGGAGCUGCUUUCUACAUGUUCUUUAAAAAGGGUGGUGUUAACAAUUUGAUUGAAUGCUUUUAAUGGCUAAGCCAAGUUAAUCACAAAAUCGACAAUAAUUUCUUAAAGGUUCACAUCUUCUUAUUCGAUGAACUUUGUCUUUAGAUGAAGAGUAUCUUAGAAAAAUUGAUAAGCUCUAGAACCAAUGAUAACAGCAUGAACUCUAUUUUAACUACUAACAUGGGUUCAGUGUUUGACAAUGCCAAGAAUCUAUACUAAACUUUCUAUCAUACAGUUUGCGCUAAACUUCUUCAAUUAGAUUCUUCCCCUCAGGAGAACUUAGUCUUAAAGCUCUAGCAUCCUAGAAAUAGCGUGCUAUAGGAGAUAGUCGUUAAUAUACUAUAGAAUGCUUCAAGAUCCUUCUCACACUGUGCAUUGCUUAAGGAAAGCAAUAGAGCCGAAAGAGAUCAGUAAAACCGUAGAGGAGGUCGCGGCUAGAACUAAGCUGAUCCAUAGAAGGUAGCCUAGUUGAUAUCUAUGGGUUUCAUGUUUAGCAAUGAGAAGAUAUAGUAAGCGCUAGUGUAAACUCAGAACAAUAUUGAUAGUGCUGUACAGCUGCUGUUAUAAUGGCAGUAGGAAGAAAAUAAUCAAGUUGACGAUCCACAUGAAUACUUUGAUAAUGAGUACUCAAGUGGUGAGAGUAACAACUUUGAUGACGAUCAGAUUAGUUCAUUCCUUGAAGCAGAUGCCUUAGUGAAGGAAAAAUUUAUUGCCAAAUAGUAAAAGGUACAAAAGGUUAAUGAUACAGCUUUCUAGGAUAUAUUAAAGCGAGCAUAGCAGGAGGGAUUCAAGUGGAUAAUAGAGGCACAAGGAACUUAGGAAACUCUGCUUGGCAAGUUCAGAGAAUAUAUCUUACACUCUAUGAUUAAUGAGAAGAAUGAAGCAACUCAAAAGUGGAUGUUCGCUGAAAUAGACAGACUUUUCAAACUCGGCCUUGAGACUUUAUACACUCGGCUCUCAGAAUUGCAGAACACUAAAAAAGAGCCAGUUGCUUAGGAAGGAGAAGAUCAAAUCAUUCAAGAUAUCGAUACUACUGAAAAGAACUAGAAACUGUAUGACUCGCUGUAGAGUAGCAUAGAAAUGACAUUGAACAAUAUGAACUUGAUCUGCCGUCUGAUUAACUGCAACAAGCAGUAUCUAAAGGAGGCAGUCUUGAAGUCAGACUUCUUCAAUAAAGUACUUCAGAUCCUUGAGAAUUUGACCAAAGUGUAUAAUUCUCCAGCCACAGAGCAAUUCAUCUGUGAUGACUUAUUCAACAUGUGCUACCAAAGACUUAUUCUAGAAUCACUAGUUACAUUGUUCUCAAUCGUACAACUCAAUCAACUUAAAGUUGCUUUAUACCUGUCUCAGAAAACCUAAGUAGAAUAGUUCUAAAAGAAGGCACAGGCAUACUUGUACAGAGUUCCCUUGAAUGAAUUAUUCAAAAGUAUUUUGAGACUUUUGCAAGACUAUCAGGCUUAAGUUGCAACAAUGGAGAACACAGACAAAAAGCUCUACAUCUACAGAAACCCAAUCAUAAUGGCAGCAGCUUCAAUCGGCCUUAAGAUCCUCUAGCAAAAGGAGCAUUCGAAUUUCAGCAAAACUGAUUUAGCUCAGCAGCUGUUCCUUCAGAUAAGCUAGAUUAAGUACCCCAAAGUUAUCAAAUCAGAUAUCAUCUACGGAGUCACAAUCAAUCACUUUGAAAACCAAAAACUGCUUCAAAAUCAAAUGGAGAAGCUCAGUUCAAGAGUGCUUUGGCUAAAGAGUGAAUACGAACACAAACUUGAGGAACAGAACAGUAAGAGAUAGGCUCAUCAAAGCAAGGAUAAGGAGCCUUUGCUCAGCCAUCUUAAGGGCAUGGCUGGCUUCAACAACUUCCUUAAGUACUUCCAGACUCUUUAAAUCAAAGACCAAGCCACCUUCAAGCAGGUUAUUAAGGAUAACUUCGAAGUUCAAACUGUUAAAAAACUGAAUUAAGUGAGCUAGGACUAGGCUACUAUUAACUUCAAGGAGGCCAAGUUCAAUGAAAUCAAGAAACUCAUUCAGAAAGAGAGAUCCUUGAUGAAGUAGGCAACUAAGCAGAUAGACUUCAAGAAUGACAAGCAAGUCAAAACUCAACUGAAGCAAGCUUAAAAGAGUCUAUUAUCAAUAGUCAAUGAACAAUAAUGUGGAGCAAUAUAAACUUUUAUCAGUUAGAUAUCUACAAGAACCACCAAUUUCCUUGAUUUAGUAACUCAAUUCAAUCAGGCUCAGGCUAAGAAUGAACCAUUAGUCGUGGAAAAAGCUAAGCUCCAGUUCUCAUGUCCUGAGGAAGAUGCUAGAUAUAUUGAACUCCUGUUUAAACUGUCUUUAACUUAUCCCGCAGUUACUGUACCAAUUAUGCAAGCACAACCCCUGCCCAAGAGAUCUUUUGCCAAUUGGUUUAUUAAGGAUUUCCUUGUAUCUCAAAUGAUUAACAUGAUUCAAAGAAAUCAGGGAGAAGAUGCUAACUAGCUAGAGCAAGCUGAAGUGAACUUCUAGAUAAAGCCAAUUGAAAAGCUUUAAGAGCGACUACUAUUCAAGGCUGUGAAUUAGCUUACUAGUUAUAAUCAUCUGAUGACUGCUAAUGAGCAGAUAGUAAAACAUGAGAUCAGGACGAAGUUCUUGCUUGAAGCACUGUAGAUUCUUCAAAAGUCAAUAAGAGAUAAGAACUAGAAUCAAAUCUUGCAGAAGUGCCAAAUAAUCUCCUCUUUAAUCGUCAUUGAAAGUCUGAUAAACUUCUAAAGUCCUUUGUUAAUCAAGAAUCAAGUCUUGGCUAAGGACAACUUUCACAACUCUAUUAGAGUAGCCAUUAUGAGAGAAAGCGUGAAUAAGGAUUCAAACCUCCCAGUCAGUUUCAUUAAAUUGGCUGACGAGUUGGUUGGUGACUUAGUAGAUGUUACUCUUGAAUCAAAUGCAGACAUAGUCAGCAAAGUCAUCUCAAUACUGAACUGCUUGGCAGAGUAUAUCAAUAUCAAACGUAAAAAGGAAGAGAAAAAAGAGGCAAAACAUCUUUCAGAGUCUGAAGCUAGAAGGGAACUGAUAGCCUUCUAAGAGGAAUUUAAGGAGGAGCAAAUGAUCCUUGGAGCUGGAGGGGAACAUGAAAUUAUUCAAAGAGAUAACAAUCCAAACUAUGACCCUCAAGUCGAGCCUGAUUAAGAGGGCAAUGUAUUUCCUCCUUAAAGAAGAAUGAUUAUUGGAGGCAUGGAAGACGAUGAAGAUGACUAUGGGGAAGAUGACUCUGAUGGAGAUGAUGACAUUGAAGAUGAUGAUGAUGAUGAUGAAGCUAUUGCAAACGAUGAAGAAGAUGAUGACAACGAGGAGGGGCAGCAAUUUAUGAAUGAGGAUGAAGAGUUAGAUGAGAAUAACGAGGAUGAGGAGGACAUUUAUGAUGACGAUGAGGAGGUAGACAUAGCGUUCCCCAAUCAAGACGGAGGCCAGCCUGAUAUCUUCGUAGAUGAUGAGGACAUGGAAGAUGCAGAAGAUUAAGCUGAGCAAAUCAUCCAUAUUGAAAGAAUCGUUAGACAACCCGGAGGUGCUGCAGCAGCUGCUGGCUAGAGAUAGCUUGAUAUUAUAAAUCCAGUUGAUGUAUAAGUUCUUUAACAAAACAGACAUGGUGCUAGACCCUUUGGCGGUGCUUAUAGAUUCCAAGACUUAAAUGCUGAGCCAGUAAGAAGAAACCCCAACUGGACGGAUGAAGAGGCAGAUGUUCAAAGAAUAUUGACAAAUCUAAGAGGCUCACCAGGCAUUAUAGCUGGAGCUCAAUCUAUUGUCGAAAGAGAUGCCAAUAUAAACAGAAUUAUGGGAGCUGUUAAUUUGGUUCACGAUGGCCUUGGAAAUAUGAUUAAUCCCUGGGCAGGAGCAGAUCCCCUUGGAGGAGGUGGAGUUCCACCAGGACCUGGAGCUGCUGUCUAAGCCACAAGUAUGAUCGAAUAACUCUAUGAAGAGUUAAAGACUAUCUCUGAUGCAGACUUGCUAGCUUUGGUAAAUACUCAAAAAGCAGUUUUAGAAACAGAAUUCAAAAAUGAAAGAAUGAUUAGGGAGAAAAAGACCUUAUCAGAUUUGCAAAGUUAAGGCCUUCUGUAAGUCAGAGGAGAGAUAAAUGCCCUACACAGAAGACUCGAGGAUUUCGACAACAUAUUAAUUGAUUUUGCUCAUGUCGACCCCGUAAGACUCCAAAUGAGGGACAUAGACGAUAGACCUGAUUUGCAGAUAGUUGGAGGCAAUGCAAAUGCAAUGCUUGAUCCAAUGUUUGCUAGACCUAAUCUGGGAUGGGAAAAUCCAUUCUAAAGACUUGGACACCCACAUCAAAUUCCUCGCAAUAGAUUAGAGAGAGCCUAUGCCUACGGUGCCAGACAAGGUGCUCUUGAUUAGUAACUAGAAUUCCCCUUAUUCCAUCACUUGAUCAGAAAUCAGAACUAAAUCAAUACUAACUAGAAUGAUGAUCUUGGCCACUAACUGCUAGAGGUAAUGGAUGUUUAAGUCUAAGAAUAAGUUCUCCAGCCUCCUUCAUCUUCUUCAGCUGAUUUACUAUAAUAAUCAAGGCUAUUGAAUUUAUCUUCACCAAGACUUAUAAAUGAAGGUUUCGAUAACCUUAUAAGUGGCGAAGGAGCAGGCUUAGAUGACAAUUUACUUCUGAAUCCUCUGCAAAUUCAUGAGUAAAAUGCAGCUAGCAGGCUUCUGUAAUCGCUUUGGAGAGAGUCAGAGAAUAUCUAAAAUGUACUUGGAGAGCAGGAGCGCUAAAUUCAAGAACUGAAUCAGAACUCUGCAGUGUAAUCAGAUGUGCUGAUGCAAUCAGAAGUUUAAUAGGAAUAGAGUUAAUUGGUUAAUAACUAAGCUCUGGAGAUUAUCUAGGCAUUUGAUGCUAAUGUAGAACUAUAGCCAGUUUAAGACCAGAUUAAUCUCAUUAACAUUUCUGAUUCACCUGCUUCUCUUCAAUAAAUCAAUAAUGAACAAAAUGCUUUGGCUGAAAAUGAGCACAAUGAAUAGAUGUAAAUAGAAAGUGAAGAGUAAAAAUCCUCUCAAUAAGAACAGAGACAAGAAGAAGCUAAAGUAUAAGAAGAAGCUAAGAUCUAGGAGUAGCAAGUCGAAGAAGAAGAAAAGAAGGAGGAAUCAUAAGCAAAUGAUGUAGAAAACCUGAAUGCAGGGAAUGAUGACAACAAAACAUUUGGCUAUGAUAAUGACCUGUUAAUUGAAAACGGCAUAGACCCCAUGAUACUCUUGGAAUUACCAGAGGACCUCAGAGCUGAACUGCUUUCAACUAUUGAUAUUUAACCAGCUGGAUCUUAAUAACAGCAACAGUAACAGCCUGCUUAAAGCAACAACAAUUCCUCAGCCUAGCAACAAAAUUUGAACCAAUUGGAGGAGUAAAAGCAGCCUGAGUAGCAGUAGUAACCUGGCGGAGGAAGCGGAGUCAAUGAUAUAGCUAAUGAACUAGGUUUGGACCCUGAAUUCCUGGCUAACUUGCCAGAGGACAUGCAACUAGAAUUGAUCUAGAACGAGCAAUUCAGACAAAGGAACCUUGGUGGCUAGGCUUCGUAGUAACCGCCUGCUAGAGAGGCUGAGGGCAUGGACCUGGCUUCAUUCAUCGCUUCAGUGGUGGACCCUAGUCUCAGAAGGGAGAUCUUUAUUAAUAUGGAUGAAUCUGUGAUUGCCACUCUUCCCCCCAAUCUUAUGGCUGAAGCUAGGCAGUUCCAAAGUCAAGUCAGAAAUGAAAGAGGCAGAUUUAUUGAUGUGCUCGAAAAUGUUGAUAGAUUAAGAGGUUUGAUGGGACGCCAAGAGCCACACUACAGACUUCAAGAUGACAUGGAUGAUGGAGGCUUUGGAGCUAUAUUUGGUCGCAGAGCCCCAGGCUAAGGCAGAGAAGAAUAAAAACAGCCUCCUUCAGUUGGCGGUAAGACCCUUGAAGAGGCAGUGACAACAAGACAUCAACAGUUAUUCGAAGAGCUCUACUCUAGUGAUGAUGUUGCUCAAUCUCUGAUCACCCAACUGUCCACUGAUGAGAAGAUUCUUGAAUAGCUUCUAUUGAUCCUUGUCAGCAAUAGCAAGAUAGAGUGCUCAAUGAUACCCUGCCUUCAAAACCUGAUCAAGAUUCACUCCAACGGACUCCCAGUCAUCAGAAACAAGAUAAUUAACGCUAUCACUUUCCUACUUAAAUCCUUGGCAGUUAAUGAUGACCAAGGUCUCAAAGCCCUCUUCCCAAACACUCAGCUAAACAAAAAGAAGAGUGCACUUAUAUUGAUAGGUUGCUUAAGACUUCUCUUAAAGAAUAACAGAUCUCUGAUGAAGUUCAUACUAAAGGGCUUGAUUCAGAAGGAGGACAAUCUACAGCAUUUAAGAUCCAAUCAGAUCCUUAAGAAGCAAUAAAAGUAUCUCAAGCAGAAGGGACUGGCUUAGUCUUCUACUGUUGACUAGCAAAUGCCCUUGGAGGUAUCUUCACUUGAGGAUUAGAUUAUGCAGCAGACUUAAUAGCAGCUUAUCAAGCAGAAGUCAACAAGCGUGAUCUAAGCAAUGCCACCACUGGCUGAGAUAUUCUAUCUAAUCAGAACUGAAAUGUUCAAGAAUGAUAAGGCCUUGCUUAGAAAUCUGUCGAUGCUCAUUCACCAAAUAUUAAAGUAAUUCGAUAUCGCUUUAGAAGAGUUAGAAUCCUCGAACCAGACUAUAUCUUCUGAGACAGUGCAGUCUAUUGCUGAAGUAUUAUCGCUAGACAUCAUUGACCAAACUCUUAUGAACGAUCUAGGUGAAUUCCUGUUCCUAAUAUCCAAGAAAAAGCGUGAAAACUUCAACUUGAUUUCAAGUUACUGUCUAGAAAGAAGUUAAAGCCUUCUAGAGACCUUGACUUAAAAACUAACCAAUGUGAUAUAUACCUUCAAUGAGAUGAAAAAUAGAAUCUCUCCAGGAAAGCAGUUAAGUCUGAUUGAUAAUUACUCACCUAGCUAGGGAGGUGAUUCGGUCUAUGAAGAAGAAAAGAACGAGAUGAUGAUUGACACCACUACUCACUAACUGCCCAACCCACUCCAAGAGCUGAAGGGCACAACACAGUCUUUAAAGAAUGCUUAUAUCAAGCUACAAGAUGAGGACGAGAAGUUGCUGAAAUAGCAGUUGAAGCUAUCAGACGUGUCUGAGGUGUUGCUGAGAAUAUUCAAGCUUUUCAAUUUGUUCUAUUAGAAAUUCUCACUUGAAAAAGACUCUAAGGUAAAAAAGAGUGGCGAGAUUGAGAUGCAAAAGGACGCUGCUGCUGUUGAAGCAAAUGAGAUGAUAAUCUACAUCAAGAAUAUAUACGAGCAUGAGAAGAUGUCUCACUUUGUGCAGAGAGUUAACGAAGUACUCAGAAUCAUAUACAAGGCCAACAUUGAUGUGACAGAAAGUGUCAGCAAUCUGAUGUUCUGCGUCUUCGAGAUCUUCAACCCAGAGAUGUAUGAGUCUAUAAUGAAUGAACAGAAAGACCAAAAACUUGAGUAGGCAUAACCAUCAACUGAGAGCAACAAGUUGGGCAAAUAUCAAGUGAAGAUGCUUACCCUAGAUGAGUCACAAACCAGACAGUCGAGACAGAUCUUAUUCAGAAACCAAAACUACUUCACUAAUAGAAUUCAAGAACUGAGCAACUUCUGCCUGUGCAACAAGAGACUAAUCAACAAACUGAUAAAGAGUAAGUCACAAAUGUUCACUAAUGAGGUCGAGGCUCUAAUCAAACAGAUGCCUAACUUACUUGACUUUGAUAAUAAGAGAAUAUACUUCAAGAGGGAACUCUAAAAACUCAAGAAAGCUUAAUAUGCUGAAUAGAUUCAACUCUUUAUCAGAAGAGACAAUAUCUUCAUGGAUUCUUAUGUCUAACUCGGAAACAGAUAACCAAGUGAGAUGAAGGGUCGUCUUCAUAUUCAAUUCACUGGCGAGAGAGGUUAAGAUGCAGGUGGUCUAACUAGAGAUUUCUUCAUUGAGCUCUCAAGAGAAAUGUUCAACCCCAACUACUCCUUGUUCCUGCUAUCUAGUUCAGGCUCCACUUACUACCCAAAUCCACAGUCAGGCAUCGAGAAGGAUCAUCUUAGGUAUUUCAAGUUCAUUGGCAGGGUCAUCGGCAAGUCCUUGUUUGAUGAGUGUCUGCUUGAGUGCUACUUCGUCAAAACUCUUUACAAGAUUAUGACUGGAGAGCCACUAAUGUUCCAAGAUCUAGAGGACUUUGAUAACGAGUUUUACAACAACUUGAAAUGGUGCAUUAACAACGACAUUGAGACGCUUUACUAGACAUUUGUUGUAGAGCAGAGUCACUUCGGCAGGACUCAAGAGAUUGAACUGAUCAAGGACGGAGCUAAGAUUCCCGUUACCAAUGAAAAUAAGAAUCUGUAUAUAGAGCAACUGACAUACUUCAAGCUGUACAAGAGCAUUCAGCAACAGAUUGAUUCUUUCCUUGAAGGAUUCUAUGAGCUGAUACCUAAAGAUCUCAUCAGCAUAUUCAAUCACAAAGAGUUAGAACUACUUAUCUCAGGUCUACCAAACUUUGAUUUGAAUGACUUGAAAUAGAACACAGAGUACAUGGGAUACAACGCCCAAUCGUCAUAAAUCUUAUGGCUUUGGGAGAUCCUAGAGACUUUUGAAAAUUCAGAGAGAGCUGAGUUCUUGCAGUUCGUGACUGGCAGUUCAAAGGUGCCCCUCGAUGGCUUCAAGGGAUUAAUGGGCAUGAGAGGUCCUUAGAAAUUCACAGUUGCUAAGAUAAAGUCUGACGACAUGCUUAGAUUACCCUCAGGACAUACUUGCUUCAAUCAAAUUGACAUUCCAGAGUACCCUAGCAAGGAAAUUAUGCACGAAAGACUCCUAACAGCAAUCAAGGAGACCAAAGGAUUCGGCUUUGCUUGA